CAAUGAAAUUAUUCGCUACAAUUGCUGUGUGUGUCCAUAUAUCAUUUUUAUUAUCAAUUUUUUACAUAUAUUUCCGGUCGCCAGUUUUAGAAGAUCUUCCCAUUGGUAAAAAUGGAAACGGGUUAGCAAACCGUGUAAUAGUUCUCUAUGGAGAAUCAGUAGGAGAGUGAGUUACUCAUCACUCACGUUGCAUGACGUCUCCGGAGUGCUCAGCAAAUGAAAGUAAACAUUGAAGCAUAGCAGUUUCAUCGCAUAUUAUAUACAUAAAAAAGCAGUCAUUUACAUAUAUUGCUGGGAUCUGAGCAACGAAAACAAGCAUUUGUUUCCUGAUUGUAGCUGAGUUUUUUGUGACGAAGGCAUAAACUUCUGCGGAUGGAAAUAAAAACUGACGAGUGAUUUUAUUCCACAUAAUUCAAUUUUUCUGUCGACGGAUUUGAUCUACGAGUAUAAUUUGCUUGGAGUGCUGGGGCAAAUUUCAAUUUCGGUGAAGUAUAGAACUGAUCAAGAGUUGUAGUGUUUGUUGCAGACGGAUUACGAAUGGAAUCAUUUCUAAGACAUCAAGCCAACCGUACCGAAUUUUUAAGGAAAAUAAUUCUUUCUGAAGGAGCAUUUGGAAUAUCUUACACACGAGUUCCAACCGAGUCAAGGCCAGGACAUGUAGCUUUAUUUGCAGGAAUGCAUGAAGAUCCUAGUGCAGUUUUCAAAGGAUGGAAAGAAAACCCGGUGGAGUUUGAUUCCGUUUUCAACCGUAGUAACUUUGCAUAUAUUUGGGGUAGUCCCGAUAUAGUUUCUGUUUUUUCGUAUGGAGCGGAAAAUAAAAAUAUUCGAACCGAUUCAUAUUCGCCUAACAUAGAAAGUUUUUCUCCAACCUCCAAUACUAGUGUUUUAGAUAUAUGGGUUUUUGAAAAAGUGAAGGAAUUUCUUUCUACAUCGGUAAAUCGUAACAUCAUUUCAACGGAAGAAAAAGUUAUUUUAUUUCUACACCUAUUAGGAUUAGAUACUGCUGGGCAUGUACACAAACCAUAUUCAAAUCAUUUUUCAGAAAAUUUAAAAAUUGUGGACAAAGGCAUUCAGGAAAUUGCAACUUUGAUCGAUAAAACCACAAAUCACGAUAAUAAAACUGCUUUUAUAUUCACCUCUGAUCAUGGCAUGACGGAUAGAGGAUCGCACGGAUCGGGCGAUUUUACUGAAACUGAAACCCCUUUCAUUGCGUGGGGUGCUGGAAUUCAACACUGGGAAAAGGCCUCGAUCGGUGAAAACUUCAAAAAUGUAACUUUUGAUGAAGUAACUAUUCCAUCGUGGGACUUAAAUCAAACAGAUGUGACUCCUUUGAUCUCAACUUUACUAGGAAUAGCAAUACCAAAACAAAAUUGUGGAAAAAUACCCCUUCAUUAUUUGAAUGCAUCGAAGGCAUUCACUGCUCGUUCAAUGGAGAAGAAUGUCGAACAACUAUACCAGCAAUAUUACCGUUGGCAACAAAAAUGCAGUCAAAAAUGGUUUCAAUGGUCGUUUUUUAAACAGGAAACUGUUUAUUCUACUUUGAUUGGUAAUCUGAAAAAGGAUAUGAAUAUAACUGCCAAUACUCAAAAUUUUGAGCAAAUGAUUACUCUAAGUGAACUGUUGGUAGAUGUAAUACUAGAGGCAAUUGAGUAUUAUCAAACAUAUUACAAGUAUGAAUUAUUAUUCGUGCUAUCAGUCGCAAUGUUGGGUUGGAUUUCAAUCAUAAUAGGAAAAAUUUUUUUUAACGGUAAAUCGUUUAGAAGAGUUAGUGUCCGAUUUAUCUCAAGAACGAUGGCAAUUAUAUUUAUUAUUUGCAUAUACCAUACAUGUAAGUUUAUGUAAUUUUUAAGGUAAGGA